AUGGAGAUUGAAUCAGCCAAGUGCGAGUGCUGUGGGCUGAAAGAGGAUUGCACCCAAUAUUAUAUCAACCAAGUGAAAGCCAAAUUUGAUGGGAAAUGGGUGUGUGGAUUGUGUUCAGAAGCAGUAAGAGAUGAAGUGAGCAGAGGGAAAAAGCCCUCCCUGUCUGCCAUGGAAGAAGCUGUGAAAGCUCACAUGUCAUUCUGUGGUAAGAUCAAAGCCAAUCUGGCAGUUCGCGUUGCCGAUGGCAUGAGGCAGAUGCUGAGGAGAAGGUCAACCACUUCAUUGCCGGUGGCUGCAUUGCACCUAGCAGCUAAACCAGGAUACUUCUUGGUGUGA